AUGACUGAAAGCUCAACCUUCGCCACGCCCCCAGCUGGCCCUGAGCCCAUUGCUGUCAUUGGCAUGGGCUGUCGCUUUGCAGGCGAAGCAUCCUCCGUUGAAGGAUUCUGGGACAUGCUGCGCCUGGGCCGCAAAGAACAUGGCCGUGUCCCAUCAAACCGAUAUCAAGCCUCGGCGUGGAAGCAUCCCAGCCACGAGCGCGCGGGCGCUAUUAAUCAUGACAGCGGGUUCUUCUUGAAAGAGGAUCCGAGUUACUUUGAUGCUCCGUUCUUUGCCAUCACCACCAAAGAAGCUGCGGGCAUGGAUCCAGUGCAACGCUUGUUGCUUGAAGUGGCGUAUGAAGCCUUUGAGAAUGGCGGUGUCCCGAUGGAAUCUCUACCCGGGAGUGCCACUGGAGUCUACAGCGGAUGCAUGACCAACGACUACGAGUUGCUAUCCACGCGCGAUCUCAUGGACAUGCCGCAUAACUCAGCUACCGGCAACGGGAGGACCAUGCUCGCCAACCGUCUCUCCUGGUUCUUUGACCUCCGUGGCCCAAGUAUUAUGCUGGACACUGCGUGUUCCUCCAGCUUGAAUGCAUUGCAUCUGGCCACUCAGGCCUUGCGGGCAGGCGAAUGCAGCCAGGCACUGGUCACCGGAGCCAGCUUGAUCUUGCAUCCGAAUUUCACCCAGCGGCUCUCCUAUAUGCACAUGCUCAGCGCCGACGGGAUCAGCCAUUCCUUCGACAGCCGCGCCAACGGCUAUGGCCGCGGAGAGGGCUUCGGCGCGGUUCUGCUCAAGCCCCUAUCCAAGGCGCAGGCCGACGGCGAUGUAAUCCGAGCCAUCGUGCGCGCCACAGGCUCCAACCAGGACGGCCGUACUCCUGGUAUCACGAUGCCAAAUGCCGAAGCGCAGGCGGAUCUGAUCCGCGCCACCUAUCGCCAGGCUGGGCUGUCCCCGAGCGAUGUCACCUAUUUUGAAGCCCAUGGAACCGGCACAGCAAUUGGUGACCCUACCGAGUUGUCCGCCCUGGGGUCUUUCUUCGGCCCUGGAGAUCAGCAGCCGCGGAAUGAGCCCGUUUAUGUCGGGUCCGUCAAGAGUAAUGUCGGUCACACGGAGGGUGCGGCCGGCGUGGCCAGCUUGAUCAAAGUGAUCCUUUGUUUGGAAAAGGCGAUGCUCGUCCCAAAUGCGGGCUUCUCCCAGCUGAAUCCCAAGAUCCGGCCCGACGAAUGGGGUCUGCGUCUGAGCGACUCGACCACCCCAUGGCCGGCGCACCGACCGCAGCGCGCCAGCAUCAAUUCCUUCGGCUUCGGGGGCGCCAACGCGCAUGCCAUCUUGGAGAGCGCCGCCCAGUACUUGGGGAGUGGCUCCGCGCAGUGUGCGUCUGCCACUGCUGCGAAGGGAACGCCCCAGGUUGUGGUGGUUUCCACCCAUGACAAGGCCGGUCUGGACCGCACGGCCGAGAAAUGGACCACCUAUCUCGACGACCACGUCCUGGGUAAGAAAGCCGAGAGUCUCGCUCUGCCGGAUGUCGCGCACACCAUGGCCACCCGGCGCUCCCAGCUUGCGUUCCGCAGUUACGCGGUGGUAGAUUCGCUGGAAGAGCUGCGGGAGACAAUGAGCGCCGGCCUGCCCAGCUUCCCUCGCGCCAGCCGCAAGACCCAGACGCCACUGGCCUUUGUUUGCACGGGCCAAGGCGCGCAGUGGGCCCGCAUGGGAGUCGAGCUACUUGCUAAUCCGGUCUUUGCAGCGAGCGUGGACCGCAGCCAGCAACUGCUGCAGACUAUGGGCUGUACAUGGGAUCUGCUCGAGGAGAUCCGUGCCGACGCGACGGCCACUCGCGUCAAUCGACCCGAUCGCAGUCAGCCCAUCUGUUGCGCUUUGCAGGUAGCUCUGAUUGAUCUUCUCCGGAGCUGGAAGGUGUCUCCCAAGGCUGUUAUUGGCCACUCGAGCGGUGAAGUUGGAGCUGCUUAUGCGGCUGGAUAUCUGACCCACGAGGACGCCAUCAGAAUUACCUACUUUCGUGGCGUGUUUUCGCAGCAGAUUGCAGAAAAUGGCCGCCGCCGCGGGGGGAUGCUUGCUGCCGGCAUAUCUGCAGACCAGGGUCGGGAAUACCUCCGGAAAUUACCUCCGGACUCGGUCGUGGUGGCCUGCGUCAACAGUCCAUCGAGUGUCACGCUUUCGGGGAACAUCGAAGAAAUCGAGCAGCUGGAGAAGCAAUUGCAGACCGAUGGUUAUUUCGCCCGUAAGCUGCGCGUGGAUACCGCGUACCACUCGCCGCACAUGCGAGAGCUGGCCAGUCAGUAUGAAGAGGCCAUCCAAUCCGUUCAGCCCAUAGAUAAAUACAAGGGCUCUGUGGCCAUGUUCUCCUCCGUCACCAAGGAGCGGGUCCGCGCCGACGAGCUGAACGCCUCCUACUGGGUGCGCAACCUGGUGAGCCCCGUGGAGUUCGCGGCGGCCGCCACCAAGCUGGCCACGAUGACGGAAGCCGGCAAGGGCCGUCGGCGUGCGGUCCCUGUCAAGUGGGGAGGGUUCCUCGAAAUCGGCCCCCAUGAAGCCCUGAAGGGCCCGUUCAUGCAGACCCUGCAAGAGGCCAACAAGGGUCUGACCUCGUUGCCUUACACUGGAUUGGUGCGGCGCAAGGAAGAUGCGCUGCGCGUGGCCCUGCAAGCUGCCGGUCUGUUGUGGAGUAUCGGCUAUGGGAUUGACAUUGACGCCGCCAACCGUAGCCUUCUACAGGAAUCGCCGCGAGUGAGCCUCGAACUUCCGGCGUACGCGUGGAACCAUCAAUCGACUUUCUGGCACGAGCCUUUGGAGUCCGCUCGCCUCCGACAGCGCGCGGAGCCCCGGCACGAUCUUCUCGGAGUGCCGUUCGACUACCAGAACGAGUUGGAACCCCGCUGGCGCAACUUCAUCCGCGUGUCCGACUUGCCCUGGGUAGCCGACCAUGUGGUGGCGGGCUCGAUCGUCUAUCCGGCCGCGGGGAUGGUCGCUAUGGUGGCCGAGGCUGGCCGCCAGCUGGCCGACUCCAAGAAGUGGCUGGAAGGGAUCGAGUUUCACGACCUGGAGUUCUUCCGGGGCGUGGUGAUUCCUGCCGAUGAACGCGGGCUGGAAACCACGGUGCAUGUCGCCCCCCAUCGCGGAGUGCCCGGGUGGUAUGAAUUCGGCAUCUUCUCGUUGCCGGAGAAGUCUUCGUGGGUCCAGCACGCCAAGGGCUCUUUUGCCCUGCAGUACGCGGAUGACGAUGACAACGACGGCACGCAGACGGCCUAUCGCGCAGACUGGCAGAGUAUGGUGGAAGGAGUGCGGCAGACGCAGAAGGUCGCCAAAGAGACCGAUAUCGAGCACGUCUACAAGUGGCUUGGCGAGACCGGAGGAGUCACGCUGGGCCCGACUUUCCAUUCGAUGGUUGGAGUCUCCUUUGAUCCUGAAUCGCCUCGCCUGCAUGUUUCUGGGGUGGUCCCGGACACCCAACGAGCCAUGCCCCACGAGUGCGAAUCCCCGUGCUUUGUCCACCCGACCUCCCUUGAUGCCCUGUUCCAGGCCGCUGUGCUGUCCUGCUCGGAGGCGCUCACCAACCACAAUGCCAAUAUCCCCAUCGCGGUCGAGCGUCUCUACCUCUCGACGGACUUCUCCCUGCAGCCCGGCGAUCACUUCGAAGUCCAUGUGGAAACGCACUAUGAGAAUGGCGUCUCCUUCUCGGAGUCCAUCGCAUCGGACCCAUCUUGGCAGCAGCCCGGGGUGGUCCUGCAAGGAGUGAGACUUGGCCGGGUCCCCAUGCAGAACCGCUCGUCGUCCGGCACCGGCAGCGAGGAAGUUGCAGGAAGUCGAUUCUCGUCUCUCACUUGGGUGGAACAUGUGGAUUCCGGUUGCCAUCGACCUAACGGGGUCGUCAAGUGUGCUGGGGGAUUGCCCCGCUGGGUCGAAAGGCUUUGCCUUACUCACGGUGAUGCUAAAGCCUUAGUUGUGGCUGAGAAGGACAACACCGAAGAGAUUGUUCAGGCUCUUCAGUCCUUCGCACCGGGGAACACUCAGCGACCACGUCUGCAGCAGCUAACGGUUGUGUUGAUCCACCCCAACCCUAAGGAGUUGGAGGGACAGCUCAAGAGUCUCCAGAGUGCACUACCCGGGUGCCAGAGCUUAGUUGUGUCCUCACUGCAAGAGCUAGACGCAGACCUAGUGGGAGACGAUUACGAUGUGGUACUUACCGAUUAUGCAAGAGGCCAGGAUGAUGGCAACGAGUCCGAGACUUUGCUCAGCUCCCUGGGCUCCCUGACUGGACCAGAUAGCUGGAUUAUCGCUCGGACCUCAGCCGAGGAUGCGGUCGUCAGCCAUGUUGAGGCGCAUCCAGACUGGGCUCUGCGCGGCUCCCUUGAACAACCGCACUGCUCGAUCAUCCGUCGCGAAAGCUCUGCUCUUGAGCCGGGCCCGGUGAUUUAUGUCCUGUGUGCCGGGCCUGCCGAAACUGCCGCAGCUCUGUCGCACGAGCUCAAGGACAUUUUUGAGAGUACAGGUGCCAGGAUAGAGCCAGUAAGCAUCGACAAGGUAUCGGAGCUAGAAGGCAAGAUACUUAUCUCGUUGCUGGAGCUUGAUCAGCCAUGGACCAUGAACUGGACUGAAGACGAAAUGGAUCAAUUCCGAGGGCUGCUGAAGGCCAAGUGCCUCCUCUGGGUGUCUUCCCAGGGCCCCGCGGACGAGGCUCGCAGAUCCGCCAGCUCUGGGGCGACCACCGGUCUGCUGCGGACCUUGCGCAAUGAAAGGUCCGGUCUUGCGCUGCCCCAACUGUUUGUUGCCGACUCCGAUAAGGAGGCAGCCCCGCUGGCUCAAAGUAUUGCUCAUGUGCUGCAGCUCACCUUGCAGCCAUCUGGCUCCCGAUCACGCGAUUGGGAGUUCUAUGUGCAAGAUGGUCGGUUGUUCGUCCCCCGAGCACUCGCCGCCACGUCGCUCGAUGAGAGUAUGGAUGCUCUGCUCAACGGCCCGCGACCGACCCCGGCGGAGCUCGUGAACGAGAGGAGACCUAUGCGUCUUCGCACCGAGUCGCCAGACCUCCAAGACGCUCACUGGGUGGAGGAUGAGAGGAUGAACCCACCCCUGAGCGAUGACCAUGUCGAGGUGCAACUCCACCAGGUCACUAUCUUCCCACCGGCGGGGAAGAAGAAGACUCUCUUGCCAGAGGCAGGCAUCAGAGCCGUCGAGGCCGUCGGGGUCAUUCGUCAGGUCGGAGCAUCCAUCAGCUCGGCCUUUGUACCCGGGGAGCCCGUACUUUGUAUCGUGCCUAGCGAUGCAUGGUCGAGUAGCAUGGCUACGCGAGAACACGCGCAUCAAUCUGUCUCGAUGCCUGUGGCAUAUGCUACCGCUUACACCAGUCUGCUCGGUAACCCUGGAUCACCCGCCGCAUCCUCAGUCUUGGUGGUGGGCUCCGUCAGCCAGACCCUCCGGGCGACGAUAGGUUGUGCCUUGGCGGCAGGAAUGCAAGUGUAUGCAGCCGUCGAGGGAGAGAGCGCGGCCGCGGAAUUGCGCUCGAGGUACCCAGCUUUGAAGGAGGACCGCAUCAUCGCCCUCCACCGGGACCUGCCGACGACGAUCUCUCGCUUAACAGCUGGCAAGGGGGUGGAGCUCAGCGUCUGCGGCAUGGGAGGGGCUGCAACCCGUCUCGCCGCGCGGUGCCUGUCUUUCAACGGCCGUCUGGUCGAUCUCAGCGGGGAAUUGAACCUGGCUGGCCUCCCCCAGUCCAUAGCCGAUCGUGGAUGCACCGUCAGCUCCCUGCGGCUGUCUCGUCUGCUCCGCGAUGCGCCGCGCCAGCUGCAAGCCAGUUUCCACCGCGCCGUGGACCUUCUCGCGGGCGGAAAGAACAGAGCUGUGGCUAGGAUUGAAUCCUAUCCGGUCUUCCCAGUCUCCCAGCUGACCGAUGCCCUGGCCCAUGCGCGUGAUCUGGGCACCCGGGUCAUUAUCAACCUUCAGGCGCCAGGGAAGGUGCCCAUUGUGCCCGCCAUCCCUGAGCCGGCUCCGCUGCCGGCGGAGAAUACUUACCUCCUGAUCGGUGGUCUGGGAACGCUGGGAUUGUCGCUUGCGACCACCUUGGCUGAUUGCGGCGCCCGUCAUAUCGUCUUUGUCAGUCGCUCUGGAGCCGUCCAGCCGACACAAACCGCGGCGCUGGAGGGUCUGCAGGCGCAAGGCGUGCGCACUGAGGUCGUCCGCUGCGACGCUGCCCGCCGCGAGGAUGUACAGGGACUUCUCGCCCAAGCAAAGGAGCACAAUUGGCGCAUCCGGGGUAUUGUGCAGUGCGCAACGGUGCUGAAGGACGGCAUGUUCGAGCAGAUGAAAUUCGACGACUGGAAACAGUCCAUUUCCCCCAAGAUCCAGGGCACCUGGAACCUCCACGAAGCCUUCUCGGACCCGAACAGCAGCAAUGGCGACGGCGGACUGGACUUCUUCGUGACUCUGUCCUCUGUGGCCAGCGUGAUCGGCAACAUGGGCCAGGCCAACUACUCCGCCGGCAACGGCUACAUGGACGCUCUGAUGCGAUGGCGCCAGCAGCACGGGCUCCCCGGUCACAGCAUCAACAUCGGCCUCGUCCCCGACGCCAGCGGGGUGGGCGAGGCCCUGGCUGAAGAAUCGCCCGAACAGCGUCGCCAGCGCUACCGCCAUCUCGAGGGGACGGAGAUCUUGCAGCACGAGAUCCAGACCCUCUUCCGCGUCAUCGUGCAGGGCAUCUCCGAGGUCCCCGCCCAGGUCAUUGCCGGCAUGACGGACAUCCUGCCGCGCGGCGAAGACGGCGCCAGCGCAUCCCCGUGGCAGUUUGACCGAAAGUUCGACCACCGGGCCAGGCUUGCCGCCCCGGACGCACAGGACGGCGUCGAUGGCGGUGCCGGCGUGGCCCGGAAGCCGAGCGUCUUGCUGAAGAAGGCCGAGUCUGUGGAUGAGGCUGUACGCGUGGUUCAACAGGCGUUGCAGGAGUAUUUAGCUCGCGCGAUGGCCGCGGCGCCGGAUGAUAUUGAUCUGGAGCUGCCAUUUUCGGCUCUGGGUGUGGACUCACUCAAGGCCGCCGAGGUACAGAGCUGGGUGAAUCGGGAAAUGGGCGCGGAGGUCUCCUCGUUUGAAUUCCUCGGCUCCCAGCCCGUGAGAACUUUGGCCGAGAAGAUCGCCGCGGGGAGUUCUUUUGUUUCUGUUGCUGCGUAA